CCUCGGCCGCCUCCACAGGAGUUGUAAGAGUAUCCAGCUGUGCCGCGAUCAACUGUUCUCGCACUGGUUGGUGAAAACUCUCUCAGCACGGGGCUCAAGCGAUCGGUCGGUGACGUUCACGACGUUGCUGACGACAUCGCCUGUUCAUGAUCGACCGAGGUCCCGGACCUUCAGCGGCGACGUACCAAGACCAAGCGGGAAGAUCGCCAACCGAACUGCGUUGGAAGCAGCUGACGGCGACGAUGGCGGCGCGGUACAUCUCUCCAGCGAUGGCGAUGAUGGCGGCUUUGUUUGUGGCGACGGUCCUGAGCGCUGCCACUUCUGCUAGUGCAGGCGCACCCCCGAAGGUUUCGAUCAGAGGGCUGACGUUCGCCGGCACUGGUUGCAGUUGGGGCGACAGCACCUAUGCGAUCUCUAACGACUACCAGACGGUCACAUUCAUCUUCGGCGGGAUGGUUGCGACCACUGAUUCAGGCUUGGCGGGAAGGCGCAAGUUCUGCCAGCUGUCGUUCUAUUUGGACUACCCGAAUGGCUGGAGCUUGACGCUCGGACAAGUCACCGGCCGCGGGUACGCGAGCAUCGGCAAGGGCUCCAAGGGCGUCUACGAGACGCAGUUCUACUUUUCCGGCCAAACUGGGACGCCUACGGUGAGGCGCACCAUCUACGGCAAGCAAGAAGGCAACUUCGAGUUCACAGACAAGUUCCUCACGUUCGUCUAUAGCCAGUGCAAUAGCGCCCCCAACCUGAACAUCAAGUCGGUGGUGCGAGCGGAGGGUAAGAAGGCCGCCGUCGGGCUCGAUUCUUCCGACACCAAGUUCCAGCUGAAGUUCGCCUGCAUCUGGAAGAAGUGCUGAUGUGGACACCGGGUUCUCGAGGGCCAAGCGGGAAGCAGCGUUUGUAGUAGACAGUCGUGAUCGGGUAGAGAUGGACGGAGCGGAUAACCGCGUUGUUAUGUUAGUACGGGUUGAGACCGGAUUGGGGUAUCAGUCCGCUGUAGGAAGAGCUGAUCCCGUGCAGAUUGACUUACCGUAGUUAUUCAUUGGUUAUACCGAGUUUCGUCAGUUUACGUGCAUUAUGCAUUCCCCCUGUGAUGUAUGCGAAAUGGCCGAUAAAUGACUUUGAAGAUCUGGUACGAUUGUUCAAACCAGCGUGGAAUGUUAGUUAUUCUGUGUGAGUCCCCACUCCCUCCCUCUCUCUGUUUCUGUCUCUGUGUGUCUGUCUCUCUGUGAAUGUAUGUCUCUCUCCGUGUGUGGCGUCUGUAUUAGUGUCUGUGAUUAUUCGUCUGUGUCUGUCUGUCCGCUCCCCCCACCUUGUCUGUCUGUGUGUCUGUCUUUGUAUGUGUGUCUGUCUGUCCCUCUUUCUUUGUGGUGAUUUGGUGAUCUCAUUUCAGCGCACUUCAAACAGUAUACGGAAGAGUAGGAUCUGUAGAUGCACUAAGUAAUAUGUGAAAGGAGUCCUGUUUCCCGCUUGUAUGCCAAUUUCCCAUCAUAGACAGCCUUCCAUGCACUUUCAAGAAAAUGUGAGUCCGUAACGGAGCACUGAUGUCGUAAUCUGAGAAGAUUAAGUGCGUCGCGACCACAGGCAGUCCGAGAGUCAUCUGGCGUAAUAAUUAAGGAGAGGCGUCUUUUCUUCGUGACGAGAUUCCAGGCGAGGUGGCUCCGCACAUACCCAUACUUAGCGUAACGCGUAGUGUCCUCUAAAAUCAGAUCCAAGUGUCUGUGUGUCUGUACAUUUGGGCAAUAAUCUUGAAAUUCACUCUCUGCGUUCUGAAGUUGGGACAGCCUUCUAAAUUCGGAAGGUCAUAACUUAUCGCUGUAUGUAUGGAUGGAUCUUCAUUGAGUCCAUGGGGGGAAGGAGCAACUUUCCAAAAUCGGAAGGUCCAAAUCUCAAUCGCUUUCAGCUGUAACUUGACAAUGCCAAAUCCAUUUCUUUUUUGUUUUUUUUAAUGUUUUGUUUUUUGUGAAGCUCACUGGUUUACUGGAAGGAUGGUAGUAAUAACAUUAUGUAAUAACAAAAAGGAAGUCGAUAG